CUGUGGUCCGUGAACGCAGCAGUUGUUCCAGAGUACUCGCAGAGCGGUGAGUGACAGUCCUGCUGCUCCGCUAGCGGCACCGCUCCUCUCCACACCGCUCCUCUCCUCUCCUCUCCUCUGCUCUCCACACUCUCUACAGCCGAGCAGGGCAGGCUGGAGGGGACACAGACGGGACAGAGAGACACAGAGACUGCAGCAGGACAUACUCUGUGCUGUGUGAGGUGCAGUAAAUGGGAUUAGACAGCGCUUGGAGACACUACUAGUAGUAGUAGUAGUAGUAGUGGAGAGAGUAGUGGGAGCUCCAAGCUGUGCCGCGCUGCACCGCAUGUGCUCGUGUGGACAAACUUGCUUUUCGACUCGACAGAGAAAAACAACAAAAAGAAGAAGAGGAAGAAGAAGGAAAACUAGCUUGAGUUGUCAACAAACCCCUGUUUUCACCACCACCACCAGGACUAUCUGCAAAACCCCUGUUUUCACCACCACAACCGGGACUAUCUGCAACCCUGCCUCCUCCAUCUCACAUGCCUGUGUUGCUGUGUGAGAGAGGAGAGGAGAGGGGAGAUGUUUGACUUAUUAUCUCUGUAAACUUGUAAUACAACUGUAAAAGAGUUUGGUGCAUAUAAAAGGAGACAUGUCGGGUGUCAUGGAGAGUCAAACGUGUGAGCUGCAGCAGCUCCAGCAGCUCCAGCUCCAGCAGAGUUGCUGCGAGGACGUGCGUAAAAGCGGCUACCUCCGCAAGCAGAAGUCGAUGCACCGGCGCUACUUCGUGCUGCGCGCCGCCUCGGAGCGCGGCCCGGCCCGCCUGGAGUACUACGAGAGCGAGAAGAAGUACCGCGGAAAGGCCCCGGUGCCGAAGAAAGCGGUGGCUCUGGAGACCUGCUUCAACAUCAACAAGCGGGCCGACGCAAAGAACAAGCACAUGAUCGUGCUGUACACGCGGGCGGAGAGCUUCGCCGUCGCCGCGGACAACGAGGCGGACCAGGACGAGUGGUACCAGGCCAUGGUGGAGCUGCAUUGCAAAAGUAAGAACCCCGUUGACAGCGAGGAAGGGGGCGACUACGGGGUGCCCAAUCCCGGGCCUGCAUUCAAAGAGGUGUGGCAGGUGAAGGUGUGGCCCAAAGGCCUGGGUCAAGCCAAGAACUUGGUGGGCAUCUACCGCCUUUGCCUGACGGACAAGACGGUCAACUUUGUCAAGCUCAACUCUGACGCCGCCGCCGUGGUGCUGCAGCUGAUGAAUGUCCGGCGCUGCGGUCAUUCAGAAAACUUCUUCUUCGUCGAGGUUGGGCGCUCUGCCGUGACGGGACCGGGCGAGUUCUGGAUGCAGGUGGAUGAUUCGGUGGUGGCCCAGAACAUGCAUGAAACCUUGCUCGAGGCCAUGAAGGCUCUGAGCGAGGAGUUCCGCCAACGCAGCAAGUCUCAGUCGAACUCCGGUCCCGGAGGAGGAGCUACUGCUUCGAACCCCAUCAGUGUUCCGUCACGCCGCCAUCACCCGAACCCUCCUCCCAGCCAGGUGGGCUUCACCCGCCGGCCCCGAACGGAGCCCCCUGGAGGAGCUAACGGUGGAGGAGUAGGGGUCAGCAGCGCCAAUGCAUCUCCCACCCCGCGGCAUACCUUUCCGAGGUCUCGCACUGCUAGUGAUGGGGGGAAAGGUGAGGAUGCGACCACACCGCUCCAAGGGUCGUGCUCCAGCCCCUCCACCAAUGGCUCCUGCACCACCACCCCGAUCCUCAGGUCAAAGUCAGCCCGUUCAGCCCCCACCAGCGCUGCUAAAACUCCUCUUGGGUUGAUGCGUUCCAUCUCCACCCCAGCGCCCUCCCCAGCUCCAAGCCUCUCCUCUAGCUCUGGGCAUGGCUCUGAGUUUGGAGUCGUGACAUCUGCUAGUGCUGGUCCGGGGUCUGGGGCCUACAGUCGUGUCCCCUCCCAUCGCGCCUCUGUCUCGGGCUCACCCAGUGACUAUGGCUCUUCAGACGAGUAUGGCUCUAGUCCUGGGGAUCACACUCUCCUCCCGUCCCCGAGCCUCCCCGGAAGCUCUAUUGGUAGCACCGGAAGCCAGUCCCUUGGCGAUGAGGGAGCCAAUUAUAUCCUGAUGGGCCAACGUAGUGGUGGUGGUGGUGGUGGUGGUGGUAGCAACAGUAACCAAGGGAGUUUGACAUCCAGCUCCCUGCCAGCACCAGCAGCACCAGCCUGUGGCUCCCAGCCCCAGACCAGGAGGGUGCUGCGUCGCUCCUCCAGCCGUGAAUGUGAAGCUGAACGUCGUUUGCUGAGCAAGCGGGCCUCAUUACCUCCCAUGGCCCUGGAGAGGCUGGCCCCACGUCAGCGCAGAGCUGAGGAGCCAGCAGAUGAAGAUUCGGCCGAUUACGCCAUCAUGUCCAGGAGCACCAGCCGCGAGUCUUUCGCUUCCACCUCCUCCUCCACACAGAGGGAAUCUGUCAUGGGUGCUGGGUCAGCGGGGGGAGGAGGAGGAGGGUACAUGGAUGUGGCGGGUGAGUUCAAAAGUGAAGUGGGUGGAGUAGCAAGUGGCAGUGUAGAUAUAGGUGUGGACAAUGGGUACAUGUCCAUGCUGCCUGGUGUAACUCAGCCUCCAGAGUCCCUGUCCCAAUCGUUGGCCGUCUCUGUCCCAGACUCAGAUUCCAAACCCGCUGAUGACUACAUGGCCAUGACCCCUAACAACAGUGUGUCCCCACCGCAGCAGAUCCGGCCUCCACCAGCUUCUGAUGGCUAUAUGAUAAUGUCCCCCAAUAGCAGCUGCUCCCCUGACCAGCGUGGCGGUCUUUCUGGAGGGGCUUGGAUGGGCAGUGGUAGCGCAGACAGCAGGGCAGGCAGUGACUAUAUGAACAUGUCUCCAAUCAGCGCACGUUCUGUAAAUGGCAGCCCCCCACCUCCUGAGCACACUGGCCAUUUGGAGACCAGUUCUCAACAGCAAGCCCCCAAGAUGGUGUAUUCUUACUAUUCCCUUCCCCGCUCAUACAAACAUAACCCCUCUGCUGGACACUUUGACGAUGGGCCCGGGCGAGGCAGAAGGCCCAAUGGGACUUGUAGUAGGGGAAUGGGUGGAGGUCGGACUGUGGGAGGGCGUCAGGAGCAAACAGCAGCAGGCAAUUCAGUGGUUGGACGUCACCUGUCACUCUCCUCUUCCUCGUACUCCUCCAGCUCAGCCAGCAGCGAGAGCCUCGGGGAGAGCGAGGAGCGAGCUGCCCAGGCAGUGAGCGCCAUGGCAGGGGGAGCUCAGUCCAAAGAUGGGAGUAAGCUCCAGCAGAGACGGGGCUCUGCUGGGUUGUCCAAGCAGGGUAGCCAUAGUAGGAGCAGACCAGUGAGCCUGUUUGUUGAUGUAUCUAAGGCUAACACCCUUCCUAGGGUCCGUGAGAACCCCCUGCCCCCAGAACCUAAGAGCCCCGGGGAGUAUGUAAGCAUUGAGUUUAAGGGGGAGAAGAGCAGCCAGGGUGGGGUUAGAGGAGGGUGCGGCAGGGUUCUCAGGCAUGGCUUAUCACUGCCUCAUGGCUCAAGCAGCAAGCAUCCUCAACACAGGCCGACUUCUUGCUUAGGGAACUUUAUCCCCCUCUCCCGUAGCCCCUCUGCCCCCAUCAGUCCCCCAUCUGCCUCUGAGUAUGUCAACAUGGACUUGGGCCCUUCUCCGUCCCCCUCACCCCUAUCCCUUACUCCAAUAGUUUUCCCCUCUUUCCACACCCCUCCCACGCCACCAACUCUUGCUCAUGCCCCCAAAACCUGUGAUCAGGGUUCUGCUGGCCCUCACGAAGAGGGGGCCAAAGUGGCUGAGGCCCCACUUAGGAAAAGAAGAGAAAGUGUCCCAUCAGUGUCCGGACCUGAGUCCCCGACAUCCUGCGGAGACUACACGGAGAUGGCCUUCAGCUUGAAUAGCAACACCGUCCCUAGGUCAUCAUCCAGUGUCUCCCCCAAAGCCCCUUCCCCCACCAGGACUGAUCCCUCUGUUGCAGUGCUAUCACGGGGUUUGGACUUCCCUCUAGCCAAACCCGGACCCAACCCAGACCACGGGGCUAAAGUUAUCCGUGCCGACCCCCAAGGACGCAGACGGCACUGCUCAGAGACCUUCCUUGCCGCGCCUUCCCUCCCCACCUCUACCUCUACUUCCUCUUCCUCCACCGCCUCCCUCUUUCCAGAACACGCCCAAGCCGUGGCCCGCCGGCUGGGCUUUGAAAGCAUGCUGUGGGGGAACGGUGCUGUGACUGAUAACGCCGCUCAGUUCGCCCUCCCUGGACAGCAGUCCCUCCCCACGAACACUUCGUCCACAGAGCAAGGCCUUAACUACAUAGACUUGGACUUGGCCAACAAAGAGGGCCCCCAUUUGGGCCUGGAUGGACCCUCAGGUAGCCAGGCCCCCUCUCGCCUCUUCUCCGUACUGGCUGGAGGUUCUGGGGUCGGGGGAGUGGGUGCAGCAGUCGGCGUCGGCAGCAGCAGCAGCUCAACACUCAACACAUACGCCAGCAUCGACUUCUACAAAUCAGAGGAGCUGCGGACGCAUCAGAAUGGAAACAAGGAGGGAACAGAGUGCUGAUGUCAGUGUGUCGUCGUUUGGGAAACAAUCUGGUGCCACUCGGAGAGCUUCAGUGCUGCGCCUGUUCCUUUUGUGACGACCAAUCACAUCGAGAGAGCAGCCGGAUGGGACACCCCCACGAAGCACUUUGACAGACGGAUGGAAAACUUUAUUUUUUUUCCCCUCGCUUUCAUCUUGGUGGUUGUGGAAACCAACGGGGAUGUGUGCCAAAUGACAUUCUUGAAAAAAGCUAUUUGCUGCUCUCAUUCCUUGAGUGAAAGCCAAUCAGAGAAGGGUGCAAAAAAAACAAUGGAGAUUGGUGUUUUAGUUUUAUUUUUUUUCCAAGAGAAAAAUUCUAAUCAUUAAGAGUAUAAUGGUGGCUAUUUAGUGUAUAAAAAAGAUAAUGAAUAGAAUUAUAUAUCUGCUCAAAAAGUGCCUCAUUUUCAGAUUGUAGCCAUUUUACAAAGAACUUCAACUUAGCCUCGACUAACUGAAGCUUUGGGUUUUUUGGGGGGUUUUUUGUGCUUGAGUUGAUGUAGUUACAAAAAAAAUGCAGCAGAAGAUAUAAAUAAAGGGUGGGUAGCACCGGUGUGAGCUUUUGCUGCGUUCAUGUCAUAUGGGAUGAUUCCGGUGUUUACAACUUGCAAGCAACAUGAUUACAGAGUCGGUCAUGUGAGGGUUAAGAAUAGUAUGCAUGGUCAAUAUAACACUAUAUACGUAAAAUUAACCCCUUACUGAGCUGAGAGUUUAAUGCUACGUUCCAUUUACAUCGGAAGUCGGAGCUGGGAAUGACGACACGCCUGAGUUGACCGCGUUCAAGUUCAAGUCAGAAAACUUAAUGGGGUUUGCUCCAGCCAGGUUAGCCAUUGUUAGCCAUUGUUAGCAAUACCAGUUGAUACCCAGCCAACAUGGUUAUGUGGGCCCCACAUGGGUUAUGCUGGGGGUACCUGGGUACCAAGUGGGUAUUGGCCCAAAAUGGGCAUCUUAUCUGGGGCCCACUUGGGUCAACCAAUGUGGGUUCUAGGUGGGUCACUAAUGGGAAAUUACUGUAUGGGCAACACAAAUGUGGCCCAGUUGAGUCAACUAAAUAGGUCCAACAUGGGCUCCCCCAAGUGGGCUACCCAUGUAGGUCCUAGGUGGGUCACUAAUGGGAAAUUAGAGACACCUAGUGUACUCCUGCAUGAAACCCACAAGGGUAAUUGGCAUGGGGCAAACAUGGAAACUGUGGACAAACCCACUUACAACCCAUAUUUCAGCCCAUGUAGUCCCCACGUAGUACCCACAUAGAACUUAAAGCUGGGACUAAGAUGGGUCUUGGGUAUGUUGCCCAGUUGGGGCCCACAUAACACCCAUUGUAAUCCUACAUGGAAUCCAUGUGGGCAAUUGACAUUGGGCCAUUAUGGAACCCCGGACAAUCCCAUAUAGGGCCCAUUUUUCAGCCCAUUUACUACCCACAUGGGCCCCACAUACAAAAUGUUGGCUGGGUAACAACGCAUUAUGCCUGUAUUUUGCGCAUAUAAACACCGUAGCAACAUGUCCGAAGAUAGAAGUUGGACAAUAAUAUGUGUACGACUUAUUUAAGGAGACACAAAUAAGACAGAAGGGCUAAUAAACAGUAUGAUAAGUUUCCGAGUCACAAAUCCAAAUUCAGGGGGGUGUUCCAGUUGGAAAUUUACGAGUUCCCAGUUCAACACAGUAUAACAUUCGAGUCUGAAACUGGAAAUCACAAUAAAUAUCUGAAAUGACAUGAACGCAGCAGUUUCACUAACAAUAAAUAACGCUAACGGUACUAGCCAAUCUGCUGGCCUUCCUGUCUACUGUGAGAAAUAUUAGCCUGUGUUAGCAUUCAGCUCAUUAUAACUUGUGCUGCUUUUAUUCUGUCUCUUUUCUCUUUCUGUUUAACAAAGCCAUACACCUAAAGUAUUAAAACACACACAGGCUUGAAAGGAAAAGGCACUUGUAGCAGGGGGAUAGAGUAGCUAAAGCCAGCUAUAGGUCAGAUUAACAUAUUAGCAUCGUCAUGCCAGGACGUAAAUUCCGCGUCCUGCUGACCACAGCUCAGGGUGAGACCCCUGAUACAGAGCCAAGCAAUCCCAUUAGAGCUAUUAGCUCCAGACACUUGUGUCUCAUUUAAUCCACUCCGUCUCAGGAUGCUAAAUAACAUUAGGUACGUUACAGCUGAGGAUAGAGACCCUAUCAAUAGCCAUGCUAAUGCUAGCUUUGUAGCGGUCAGCACACUGCUUUUAGCACCAGAAAGGGGGUCAGAUCUUCAAUUCUGUCAGUACGAAAUAAUAAAAAUGAAAUUUGUUCUCAGUUAUUUUAUACAUUAAAGGUACCAAACAUUUUACACUUUUAAAUUUUUAAACUGAAUUGAAAGUGUUUCUGCCUCCCUCCUUCCUUUCUGUCUUUAUGCUUAGCUCUUCCUUUAAUCUCCGCUAUGCAUCAGCACUGAAGUGCCUGUCUGUCCUUUUUAUCUGUCUGCCCCCGUCUUAGCAGCUAGCACUAAUAGGGCUGUCCUAGCAGAAUAUAUUAAGUCUAUUUUUGUGUCUAUUUUUGUCUCUUUUAUGGCUGUACAGUUCUCAUGAAAUAACGUGUUUAUGUUUGUUCGGUGUGACACAAUGAGCUGUCAGAUGACGUGACCUGACAGCCCGUGGCGCUAAUCGGAGGAGUUUUGGACUGUUUCUCUUUGCCGGGAAUGGAGGACUUAAUUGUCGCAGUGCCAAAACAUCAACACCAACACCAACACCAACAACAAAAAGACUAAGCACCUCAAGAAGCAACCUUCAGCUCUCUCAAGCCUGGACGUAUUGCUUUUGUUUUAAACAUGUAAAUUGUUAAAUGUAAAAAAACAUUGUGUUCUCCCUCCGUUGUUUUCUUUUUGCAGCAGGGAGGAAGAACCGUGACAUAUCUGGCCUCGCCGUCUUGCUUAUGUGACACUUGGAGAUAAAGGUCAUUGCGAGGACUUGCAUACGCUUUAACCUUGAAUUUGCUAAGACUUUGACCGGGAGGAUUAAAAAGAAAACGCAUGAAGAGAAAGAAAAAAGGCCACCCACGGAAAAAAAACACGGUGCAUCUAUGUAGCUCCAAAUUGUACUCAUGUGUUUGUCUGCCCGUCUUGGGGAAGUUCAUGAACUCGCUCACUCUGGUCACAUGACUCUCUGAGGCCUGGAGCAUAACAAUGCAGCUUUAUUAUGAGCAGAUUGGGAUCUGUGGUUUGAAUUGCCUCUAAUAGCGGUUACUAAUGCAGAAAAACAAUUGGACUUCAAACCAGAUUCAGCACAUAAAUCCAAGACUUCGCAGGCAAACUCAUGAUGAAAUGUUUCUAAUGUCUUUUGGAGAUGUUCUCAUAUUGAAACUCAGCAGUUUUCAGCCAAAUGGUGUAGUUUAGAAAGAAAGCGCACAAACGGACAUUAUCAUCCUGCCAUUUAGAGGGAGCUCUGAGCAUCUCAUGAACUUUUGAAUGAACGUUUUUUUUUUUUACUCGCUGCAGAAAUCUUGUUUUUCCUUUGGCUGCCCGUGGCGAACUCAAUGGCCACAGCCACGUAUCAUGACUAAAGUUCCUUUGGGAGAGCUCAGACGAACAGGGUUAAAGAGUAUAAGUGGCUAUAUGAUUUGCGUUGGUUGGCGAGAUGUUCAUAAAAAUGUGCAGGAAAUGUGCUGCUGCUGUUCUAAAUUGUUUUCCUCCUGUUUCCCCCCAGAGGGAUGGUACUGAAUGGGAAUAUUGUGAGAUUUGCCAUUGAUGUAGACAGUUCUGUUGCUUUAGAGAAAAAAAAAAAAAAACUGACUAAAAGGAGAAAAAAAAGUCAAAACAACAAAA